GUGUCCCAGAGGCCAAGGGACAAGAUUUAGCCAACAUUAUGAAAUGUUGUAUGCAAAAAAUGACAGAAAGUAGGAUUCCUAAAUUUUGUAAUGUUAAAGCUUUUAUACUUAAUUCUUGACUUGAAGAAAUAAAGUAGGGAGAAUGUGGAGUCUACCCAGUGUCUAUUUCAUGUUCUUUCCCCUCCUCAAUUUGCUAGCUGAACUACUGGCAACAUGGAACCAGAAAAUCAAACAAGCAUUUCAAAAUUUUUCCUCCUGGGAUUUUCCCAGGACCCAGAGCAUCAACCAAUUUUAUUUGGAACAUUCUUGUCCAUGUUUGUGGUCACUGUGCUUGGAAAUCUGCUCAUCAUCCUGGCCAUCAUCUCUGACUCCCACCUCCACACCCCCAUGUACUUCUUCCUCUCCAAUCUGUCCUUGACUGACAUUUGUUUCACUUCCACCACCAUCCCAAAGAUGCUAGUGAACAUCCAGACCCAGAACAGAUCCAUCACCUAUGCAGGCUGCAUCACUCAGAUGUAUUUUUUCAUGGUUUUUGGAGGCAUGGACACAUUUCUCCUGGCUGUGAUGGCCUAUGACCGGUUUGUGGCCAUCUGUCACCCCCUGCACUACCUGGUUAUCAUGAACCCCCGCCUCUGUGGUCUGCUCGUUCUUGUGUCCUGGUUCAUCAGCUUGAUGUACUCCCUAAUGCAGAGUUUGUUGGUGCUGCGGCUCUCCUUCUGCACCAAUUGGAUAAUUCAACUCUUUUACUGUGAACUUGCUCAGGCCAUCACAAUUGCCUGCUCUGACACACUUGCCAAUCAUAUCCUGCUAUAUAUAGUGACUGGCCUUCUUGGCAUUGUUCCCUUCUCAGGGAUUGUUUUUUCCUAUACUCGAAUUGCCUCCUCCAUCAUGAUAAUCCCAUCAGCUGAUGGGAAGUAUAAAGCAUUUUCCACCUGUGGGUCUCACCUCUCAGUGGUGUCUUUAUUCUAUGGGACAGGCCUUGGUGUUUAUCUCAGUUCUGGAGCAUCACCUUCUUCUUGGAAAGGCAUGGUUGCCUCAGUGAUAUACACUGUUGUCACCCCAAUGCUGAACCCCUUCAUCUAUAGCCUGAGGAACAGGGACAUCAAGAGGGCUCUACAAAGACUUCUCAGGAGAAUACUUUAUGUUCAGUGCUGAGAAAAUUGGGUCUUGGGUUUUUGAGCUGCUAUUGAAGUAAAGAAAUCUUGCUUCUUAAACACAGAGGAGAAAUCCCUGGGUGACACAAAUGCAUUGGCCGAAAGGUUGGCAGUUCAUACCUACCCAAAG